AUGAACACCGGCGCCCGGUUGGCGGGCAGGGCCGGGGGCUCCGCCGCCAAGCCCGCGGGUCGCGUCGCCGUGCGCGUUACCGCCGGCGUCGCGGGUAAGGGCUUCGUCUGGAACAACAAGCCCAGGCGAGCCGGCGUCGUGGCGCAUGGGAAGAAGGAGGAUGCGGCGAAGCGAGCGCUGCAGGGCGCGUUCGGAGGCGCGAGCUACGAUCCGCUCGCGGAGAACGACGGACCGGGCGGGUUCGGCGGCGGCGGCAGGUUCGGCGGUUUCUGGAAGAAGCUCUCGGGAGGCGGCGGCGGCGACGGCUGGUGGCCGGCGUUCAAGCGCCUGGGGCCCCUCGGCAUGUUCGGCGUCGUGUUUGCCAUCUACUGGCUCUUCAAGCCCGUCACCGCCGUCUUGGUGAACCUGGUGUUCUACGUGUUCAAGAUUCCCACGGGCAGGGAACCCGAGUACCAGGCGAUGAUGGCGGCCAAGGAGGCGGCCAAGAAGAAGCUCGAACGCGCGGACGCCGACAUCAUCGCCCGCUACGGCGCCGACGACGACGACUUCGACGACGAGGACGACGACGAGGACGAUGAGGACGAGUAA